AUGAGAGUCCCCUACAAGUCCAUUGCUGAACAAUAUCCACUGGAUAUUGUUCAGCAGGAGCCUACCAGGGGCUCGGCCUGCCUGGACCACAUCUUCGUAAGGGGUACAGAUUCUGCUGUUGGUAUAGUGUGCCAUGCAGAUCUUACUGAUCAUGACAUUUGUUUACUUGGUACUACCAUCAACCAGGCGAAUCACCCAUCUCGAAUCCACGGUAAGGUCAAAAUGGAUUUUAAUCGGAUUGUUGACAAGCUGGAGUCGACUGAUUGGUCAUUGAUAAUGAAUAUGGAAGAUGCUAACGAGGCAGCUGAUAAUUUUUACACAAUCUUAGAAACGGCAAUAAACGAAAACACAAGUUAUGUGGUGCCCAAACGGUCAGAUCGAGUUAUAAAGCCAUGGAUAACUCCAGGCUUAAUGAGAUGCCAAAAACACCGUGACAAUCUGCAUCUCGAAGCCAGGAGAAACCCUUAUAACACAUUUAUCCAAAUCACUUAUAAACGAUACAGAAACUUCCUUUACGCGCUACAACGAAAAUUAAAGACCGAAUACGAGAAUAAUCAAAUUCAGCAAAAUAAAGAUAACCCAAAAAAAGUUGUGGAAAACGCUCAAAAAUAUAUGUAA